AUCCCUUCAUUCAUUGUCAGCUUCCUGGAGCCAUCUUUCAACCGCGGUAGGGGAGGUCGGAUUCGGGGCCCUACAGUUGUUGCGUAUAGAAUCCGUUUGCAUCUGCCUCCCCCGGUGCUCGAUACUCCUCCGUAGAGGCUGCCCCGUGCACCGGGAGGGUUUCCUUUACCUACGACCCCAUCAUUUCCAGUCAAGAUAGCGGGCCCGUAAGGAUUAAAGGGCUCAAAAGGAGAAGGUCAGGACGGGAGCGGCUACUCAGCAACAUGAGAAAGGGAGUCCACGACAAGGUUCUGGUAGCUGGGCUGCAAAGCUCUGAUAAGGUGAACGGAUAUUCGGGAGGCUUCCUCGUCGGAGGAGGGGGUACACACGCCACAGGAGGAGGAGGUGGUGGAUACCUGCAUUUUAUCAGUUCUCCCGGACAGCUGCAUCACCCGCAACACGGACUGUGUGCGCCGGAUCACCAAGCACCCACAGCAAACUACGUAUAUUCCACCCCGCACGGACCCGCUAGCAGAACGGGGCUUCUGCAGCCUGCGUUAGGGCGCCCUCCGGCAAAGAGAAGGUUGGAACUUGGUGAUGGAAGUCAUACAUUCUCUCUUGCUGAGGGUAUGAAAACGCCCAAAGGCAAAGGAAGAGCAGCCUCUCACUAUCCUGACAGCCCAAAAACGCCAAAGUCCCCUGUUGAGAAGAAUCGUUAUGAUACCUCACUUGGCCUGCUAACCAAGAAGUUCAUUCAAUUACUCAGCCAGUCUUCAGAUGGAGUUGUUGACCUUAACAGAGCUGCUGAAGUCCUCAAGGUGCAGAAAAGACGAAUUUACGAUAUUACAAAUGUAUUGGAAGGCAUUCAUCUUAUUAAAAAGAAAUCCAAAAACAACAUCCAAUGGAUGGGCACCUUGCCAGAUGAUGGGGGAAGUUUGGCGCGCUGUCACGGUCUUUCUAAAGAAAUUACAGAACUUACCAAGGAGGAAAAUAAACUGGAUGAAUUGAUUCAAAGCUGUACUCUGGACCUAAAGCAUUUAACAGAAGAUUCAGAAAAUCAAAGAUUAGCUUAUGUGACAUAUAAAGAUAUACGUAAAAUCAAUGGCCUAAAGGAACAGACUGUUAUAGUAGUGAGAGCCCCUCCUGAAACCAGAUUGGAAGUGCCUGAUCCAGUUGAGAGCUUGCAGAUUCAUUUGUCCAGUACUCAAGGUGCUAUUGAAGUAUACCUCUGUCCUGAGGAAAAUGAAGCACUCAGCCCAAUUAAGCAAGACCUUAAUGGAAGUAUUACGAAGUCAAACACCAAAGAUAUGUUAUCUAGCUCAGAAACUGUGAACUGUUCUGUGGCCACAGAAACCAUUUCUCCCCUCACAUCUCCAACUAAUCUGCAGCAGACAGAAGAUCAAAUACCUUUGAAUCUGGAUGCUCCAUUUGUAAAUCUGCUUCCUCCCUUCCAAGACGAUUACCUACUUAGCCUUGGGGAUGAAGAAGGCAUAAGUGAUCUUUUUGAUGCUUAUGAAUUAGAAAAACUGCCAUCACUUGAUGACUUUAUGUGUACCUGAUUUACACUUGAUCUAAAUUGACAAUGUAUUGUUUGUUAUAAAAAUGGAACCAGAAAUACUUGCAGAUGUCACACGACAGCUAAAUGUUCCGUGGAGCCUUCCUGGCUGUACCUGAGGAGCCUAAAUACAAAGCAAAGAUGGUUGAGGAAAUUGAGGAUUUUAAUAUUUGUUGAAUGCUGUGCAAGUUAUUCAACAAUCAUGCAUUGGAGUUUCAGACUUUUAAAUGUGCAAGUUUACAUUUCAUCACUUUUAGCCUUUCAAGAUGUUUUGGCACCUUUUAAUUAGAAGAUCAUGGACCUACAGAACUGUUGCAUCUGUGCCUUCCUGCAUUUCAUCCCAUGUGAGAAAUUUCACAAUCCAUAUGAACGCUCUUCUCCUUUCUAGUAUAGCAUGUUGUUAAUGCUAAAUUCAAUUUGGUAUCAUUGUGCAUUAAAUGCAUAGGCCAUUGUGUGGGAUUCCCACUUAGAAAAGCAAAAUUUUUACGGUUUACUUUAAAAGGGUAAAACACCAUGAUUUGUUUUGCAGACGUGGGAUGUUUAGAGUGCCAAUAAGUUGCGCAGUAAAUGAAGGAAAGAAAAUUCAGCUUUGGGUUUUGAAAAUUUCUUUCAAACGUUCUAUAAAGUGGUUUUGUUUUGUUUUGUUUUGUUUUACAUAAGUUUAGCAUUGACAAUUGAGAUACUUGCUGGUUUUUUUUAUUUGUUCCCCCCCCCCCCCCCCAAGGGGCCAUUUGCCACCAAACUGCUUAUAAUACUAGUUGAUUAGAUUACUUUUUACCAGAACACUUCAGAGUAGUAUACAAUUCUGUAGUUAAGCAUUUGAUCAUUUUAAGGAUUUAUUCAGUUAUUAACUGAUUUGAAGUGUUUCUGGUUCUUAAAUAAAUUCUAUAAGAUUU